AAACGAAAACGGAACAAAGGUGCAACCCUACAGCUUCAAACAAUCCGCGAAAAUUCAACAACAACAACUAAUCGGUUUACAUAACCAGAAGCAGCUAAACAAUACACUGACUGUCUGAAGAAGGGUAGCAAGGACAAUGGAUGUCCUCAACAGUCUGGAAAUCUUCAUCCCUGAGGAGGCUGAGGUGAAAAACAUUCCUCUGUGGAGCUUACCAAACUCAGUGCUCAGAAGAAUGGGCCUCCCCCUUAUUAAUGCCUCCAGGAGUCUUGCAGACUCUCCAGAAGGCAUAUGGAUUUGUCCAGUGAUGGUACGGAAGAAAGGCCAGAGACCGAAUUUACACACAGGAAGUGCAAUAGAUAACAUGACCUCAGCGCUGGGCACAGAGCUGCGGGCUGCACGGGGUCCCUUUCGAAUGUCUUUUGUUUCUUCAAACCGUGCAGCUUAUGAGGUGCUGAAGGGCACCACGCCCAGGGCACCUACAUGUCAAACUUCUUUGUUCCCUCAAGACUCUGCACCGCAGACCAAUAAAGAUGCUGUUGUCAUCUAUCGUGGGCAAGUUUAUUUGUCCAUCAGAAUGCCUGGUCGUAGCCAUGGUCAGCGUGGACCACAGACAAUUUCCCAGUCUGCCACUCCUUCAACGUCACACUUGUCAUCAAAAAAACAGAAAAAGGAGACGGUGAAUGACAACAGGCCCAAGAAGAAGAUCAACAUAUGUAAAGGAAUGUAUAGAGAAAACAAGAAGGAUGAUAUGCAUAGGAGAAAAGAUGUUCACCCAAAGCCCAUUGAGAGUGAGCAAGAAGUGGGCAGCCAGCAUCCUCAAGAUUCUAGAGGAGAGCAGCUCUCAGAUGCAUCCCCGAAGACAACUUGCUUUCAGCCUCCUGUGGAGCAGGAGAAGGUGUCUGACAGUGGUGAAUAUGAGAUGCAGGAAUUGGGUGCUGACGAAUCUCAGGGCCCCCAUGAGAACAAUGAUACAGACAAUAACCGACAGAUGGACAUCAGGGAAGUUGACCAGAGUAGCAGUGGCAGGAUGGAGCACCUGAGUGCAGCUGCUGCCUCCACAUCACUACAGAUGAACUGUGACUUUAAUGAGUUGGCAGAGGAGGAGAGAAUUGCUCAAAUGAGAGCCAAACUUAGACAGAAUGAAGCUGCUCUUAACCUGCUUUCAUAAAGCUCCCUAAAAUUAGCUAGAAAGCCUUUUUUUUUUUCAUGAAAGGAUUGUAGAGCUUCACAUUUUGUUGUAUACUUUUGCUCUCCGUGAACAGUUUGAUUUGAAACACAUGCACAUUAGUUAACAUGGACUUAAGUGUUUGGUGAUGGUUUUUCUUUGUAUUUUCACAAAUUAUUUUUGCAGUCUUCCAAAAACAAAGCCAGACAUUGUAGUGGUGACAUUCUCUUCUGAUUAGGCCCAGAUUACAGAAAUAUGUCUUGAUUAUUUGGAUGCUUUUGCUGUGUUAACUUUUGUCAAAAAUAAUCUGUUUUAAUAAAAUCUGAUAGCAAAGCAGGCUAUAAUUUGAUUAGGUCACUUAAUUUGACAAGGUUGAUCCCAUUUGCAAAGUGAAGCCAAAUAGUUCUUGUUAAAAUACAAAAUGUAUGAUGUUAUAAGGUUAGCAAAUGUUAUUUCCCUUUUCCACAAUACCCCCCCCCCCCCCCCCCGACUUUUAAAUAAAAACUCA